AUGGGAGGCAAGUCGCCUCCGGACGUUAAGCAGACUGAGAAGAUACAAAAUCAGGCUAAUAAAAAGGAAGAGAGAAAUGAGGCAAAAAAGAAAUGGGAGAGGUGCGAAGAGAGAUGUCCGGGUGAUCCUUGGACGUACUGUGCGGUGUUAUGGUGUGCGUGUGCCAUGAGUCUGAUCUCAAGCGGGUACAGUUUGUACAAGCAGCAGGGGCUGCAGGACCGAUUGUCGUUGUUGGAAGAGCAGCACCUGGCGCUGCGAAGUGCGGUGUUGGAGCCUCAACAGCCACUUGUCGAACGUCUCCGGCGUGAGGUGCUCAGCAGGCCACCUAUCUACUGGAGGUCAAGGAGGAGUAUCCGGGACUAUAACGAAUGCGGCUGUCCACCAGCCCUAUGGUUAUCAAAUUCUGCGCUCAAGAUGGAAAAAAUGAUAAAGUUCGGAUACGUGUCCGUGGUGACAGCUCAGAGUGAGGGCUCCUAA